AUGAGUGACUUAUUCAACCUUGAAGCUCAACGGGCCCGUCUGUCUCGGCGUCAGGGCCCCGAGCCUGGCUCCGCUCCAACUCCCACUCUCCCAGAGGCCUCGGCCAUUCAAACAGCUGAAGCCAAGCUUCCACGUCCAGACUUGGAAGGUUAUCUUCAAGGCAUCUCCCAGGAAGACGUUGUGCGCCAUAUCAUCGAGGACAUCGUUCCCGCUUGUAACGGCCAGGGCAGCUCAUCUCGAUACUAUGGCUUCGUCACAGGAGGCACUCUGCCCAUUGCCGAAUGGGCAGAUAACGUAGUCUCUCGAAUGGACCAGAACGUGCAGGUUCAUCUCCCAGCGCAGACUAUUGCCACAACGUUGGAGGAUUCAGCGCUUCAGAUGCUUGUUUCGCUCCUCAAACUCGGCGAUUGGAAGGGCCGGACUUUUACGACUGGAGCUACCGGCAGCAAUGUUCUAGGUCUUGCAUGCGGCAGGGAAGCCAUCUUGGAAAAGCGAGGACAAAGCGUCGGCGAGGUUGGCUUACUGGCGGCAUGUCUUUCAGCUGGUGUCAAGGAGCUCCAGAUCCUCACAAGUGCAGGCCACAGCUCCUUGUCCAAGGCAGCCAGUAUAGUUGGCUUCGGUCGAGAUUCCGUAAAGGAGCUGAGACUUAGCGAGAGUGAGCCAUGGAGGCUAAAUCUUGACGCUUUGGAGAAGGAACUUCAGAAGAGCGACGUGGCCAGUGUGAUUGCGCUGAGCGCUGGUGAAGUCAACACAGGUCGUUAUGCCUUAACAGGCAUUGAGGAGAUGCGCAGAGUGAGGGAAUUGGCGGAUAAGUAUGGAGCGUGGAUCCAUGUUGAUGGAGCUUUCGGUAUCUUUGCUCGUGUUCUUCCUGAGCAGGACGAUUACAAGACUCUUCACAAGCGUGUAGAGGGUGUUGAGCUGGCGGAUAGUAUCACUGUCGAUGGUCACAAGAUUCUCAAUGUCCCCUACGACUGUGGCAUGUUCUUCACUCGAUCACCCGCCAUUCUCCAAUCUGUCUUUACGAACCCUAAUGCAGCAUAUCUCUCAGGCGGCGCAUCCACCAUCCCCUCGCCUCUCAACAUCGGUCUCGAAAACUCACGCCGCUUCCGCGCUCUUCCAGCCUACGCUGUUCUCCUCAGUGAAGGCCGUCCAGGAAUGGCGAAACUAAUCGAUAAUAUGAUAACUCUAUCCCGUCAAGUUGCAGCUUUCCUCAGGGAUUCAGAACACUACGAGCUGCUCCCCGAAGAUGGAGCUGGCUUAGAUGAGGUCUUCAUGAUUGUUCUGUUCCGCGCCAAGGAUCCCAAGUUGAACGAAAACUUGGUGCAGAAGAUCAAUGAGACGAGACAGAUGUAUGUGAGUGGCACGAGCUGGAAGGGCGAGAAGGCAGUGCGUGUGGCUAUAUCUAACUGGAUGGUGGAUGUGGACAAUGACUUUAAGGUUGUGACUUCUAUCUUGACUCGCGUAGCUGAGGGUAAAGAGUUCAACAUCGAGGACUGUUAA